GCGAGACGGGGCGGGAGCGACGGGAGGGUUCCCCGUUCUCUGCCCGGUUCCCCGCCGCUGCCUCUUGCGGAGGAAAACGGAGUUUUACAAUACUCGUAUUCUCUCGUGGAAUGGCCGAACCAGCGCGUCUGUGCAGUGUGAAGUGUUGAACAACUUCCUCGCAGGGAGGACGGUUCUCAACUCCCGAGACCGCCCGUUGUUUAUUUCUAACUGCGGGAGGCCAAGCUCCUCUUCGCAAAGGUUUCAAAUUAUUGCGGUUUUAUAAACCUGAGUCCCCAGGACUGGGCAUGAAGGAUUUGUAGAUUAUGCCAAGAGUGGACCGCAUCUGGUAAAACCCUUCCAGAAAGUCCCUUGGCUGAUGUUAUUUUCAGAGUAUUAGCUUUCUGAUAAGCAAUGAUGAGAAGGUGCUCAUCAAAGUCCUAUGAAGGCUAGUCUCUUGUCUCUGUUAAGUCAGCUCCCAGUUUCUGAGAGCAAAAUAUUUGACAGUAUAUCCAAGGGGAGAGAAGCAUCCUGGUGUUUUUUCUCAGCAUAAGGAGUUUUGAGACUGGCUGAUUUCUCAGGAGCAAGAAUCAACAUUUCAACAGCUGAUGGACUUGGAGCUCCUGAAGAGGCUGCGCCAGGUCAGCCAGGAUCUUCUACAAAGGUUGAGAAUGAAGCAGGAAGAGAUCAGAAAAGAACUUCCCAGCAAGCUGCUCCUUCCAGCACCUCUUCAAAGCAGUGCAGCUGCUGACAGAUGUGUCCCCUUGCCCAGGAGAGUGAAGGAAAAUCAGGUGGAUGCAGCAGAGUCUACAUCUGACCCUGAAAUAAUGGUGUUGGUGGAAGCCAGGGCUGACCCAGCCCUCAGUUCAUCUGUUAAACACAGCAGCAGUGACAGAGGGGUACAGCAACAACAAGAAAAGCCACAGGAAGGAGCAGGUUUUAAUUCCAGCUGUCUUGGCAAAGAUAAGAAUGUUAUACCAGUGUCUGCAAUGUGUGGCAGAGAAGUCUCCAGAGUGGAUGGGGAUGGCCAUGCUCAAGGAAGUCCAAAGAAAGAAUCCUCCUUUCUGGGACAUGGAGAGAUCAGAAAACAGUCUGCUCUGCUGCACAGUUUCCAUGAGAAAAGUCAUCCAGGGCCAUCAGUGAGCAGAGUGCAGAGUAAAGAGCCCAGUGAGCAGCAUGUGGUCAUCAGAGAGCCCCAUAUCCCUAAAUCAGUCCUGCUGACAUCUCGGUCCAAAGACUUGAAGAAGGAAGCUUCUCAUGUGACUUUUCAGCCUGAACCUGAAGAAGAUACCAUACCUGUCAACUACUGGUCUGCCUGUCCUUUACUGGGCUAUGACUGGAUUGCAGGGCUCCUUGAUACAAAGUCUCCAGUAACAGAAAAACCUGAGCAAUACUUUGCUGAGCUGCAGGAGUUCCGACAGUCCAACAGGGACACUUGUAUUCAUCAGCAGCCCCUGGAGCCCAAGGCUCUGGAUCCACAAGAAUUGGAUUCCAUAACUGGUUCUCAUAAGUGUGUUUACUGUUACCGACUGAACCGGCGCCUCUUCACCAUCCCUGUGGAUUCACAAUCUGCCUGCCCUGUCUGUAAGAUCCCAUGUACCCACCAGCCCUCAGGGACACUGGAAGAGCCAGCCUAUGUCAGGGUCAGCAUUCCCAGGUCUGCCCUUUUGCCAGCCUACAAGCACAGAGCCCAUCGCAGGAGGAGCUUUGGGGCUGCAGAUGAUCUGGCACUGCCUUCGCACUGCCUGGCUGGCUGGGAAAACGUGGUCCCUUCCAGCAGGGCCCUGCUCAGCAGUUUGGAUCUGCGAGCCUCGUUGGAGGAGAAGCCUUCUCCCUCUCUUCCCCUGGACUCAGUGUCCAGAGUGUCAGGAGGAGCCAAAACUGAUGAGUUUCUGCACCUGCCUCACUUGGCACAGCUGAGUUUGGCAGAGCAAACCAGGACAGCAGACAGCAGCUCUCAGUUCAGACCCCACUCCCCCAGCACUCUGCACCAUUGACUUGAUGGCCCUGGGGAAGGGAUGGGCACAGCACAUGGAAACAACUCAGCAACAAAGCACUUUGGAUAAAAAUAAAUCUUCAGACAGAUUUUCCCCAGUUUUCAUGGUCAUGCCUGGAUGUGAGCAACCAACAUAGAGAUCUGAGUUUGCAUAGCCCACUAUGCUCACUUUGCAUUUUUUAGCUUUUACAGCUACUUCUGAGCAGCUAGGGCUGGAUAAAGUCAUGUCCAGGAUCAGCAGUGCAUCUCUCACCUCCACUGAGUCACCAGCAGUGUAGCAAUAACUCUGAAUGCCAGGGUGAGGAGUUGGCCUGUGAAGGGCCUGGGUCAGUGGAGUGACACAGAUAUGUUUAUUUCCAAAUAUUUGAAACAUGAUACACAAUUUUCUAGUGCCUUAAACUUGAGUACCUCAAUAAUUUGUAAAAAUUCUAAAAAUCCAGUUUAUUCUCAGUGCAAUGUGUGUAGCUGUAGAGUGUAUUACAUCAGAGUAACUGAACGUGAAAAAAAAGUUAAAGUAAAAUGAGAUUUUAUUCAUCAAUGAGCUAGAUAAUGCCUUAAAAUGUUUGCAGAUUUUGUUUACUUUUCCAGGUUUUCUGGAGAUGAACCAAAAAAGGAUUUUAGAACUUCUGGUUUGGUACAAUUUAAACUCCUACACAAAGUGUGAUUUGUUUGAACUUUAUAGACAGAUUUUAUUUUGCUUGUCUGAAAACAAUAAAACUGAUGUGUUAUUUUGCUUUGAA